CUGAAUCUAAAGGGCAUUGAAUACGAGUACAAAGCCGUGGAUCUGAAUACAGACCAACAGUUUGCACCGGGCUUUCAACGCCUCAACCCCUUACACCAGGUGCCCGCACUGGUAGUCGAUGGCGAGCAGGUGGUGGUCGAGUCCUAUGCCAUCAUUGAGUACUUGGAGGAAAAGUACGCCAACACCGGCGCACCGGUACUGCUGCCUAAAGAUCCGGUGCUGAGGGCUAAGGCCAGGGCUAUCGCACUGGCAGUCGUGGCCGGUAUUCAACCGCUUCAGAACGACUCGGUUUGCGAACGGNCACCGGUACUGCUGCCUAAAGAUCCGGUGCUGAGGGCUAAGGCCAGGGCUAUCGCACUGGCAGUCGUGGCCGGUAUUCAACCGCUUCAGAACGACUCGGUUUGCGAACGGGUUUCCGAAAUAAUGGCUAAAGACUUGAAGACUAAUGAGGACUCGGACUCGUGGGCCAAGUACUGGAUCAGCACCCGAUUGCGGUCGUUGGACGCACUGUUAGCCCAGUCAAGCGGCCGGUGCUGUGUCGGGGAUGAGCUAUCGGUGGCUGAUGUAUGUCUGGCUCCACAGAUUAUUCGUAAUAUCCUGGACCUCAUUGGAUUAGUACAAAGUGCUACCGUCGAUGUGAGCACCAGUAUCGGCGUAGUUAGGGGUCAGACUAUUAAUGUAUUAAACAAGCGUGUUGACCAGUUUUUAGGUAUACCUUUCGCCGAACCUCCCGCAGGAGGGCUCAGGUUUAGAAAACCCCAACCAAUCAACACUCCAUUUAAGGACGUGAUCGCUGCGACAAAACCUAAAAACAGUUGCUUUCAGAAUAGCGUGACAGCCGUUCCCUUCAAUCAGAGCGAAGACUGUUUAGUACUAAGCAUAUGGAGUCCGAGUGAAGGGAACGGUAGAAAAGCGCUCCCAAAAGCUGGUCUCAAACCUGUCAUGUUUCGCAUAUAUGGAGGGAGUCUGAGAACAGGCUCCAUAUUCUCACCGUAUGGGGACGGGAGGGUACUGUCCACUCAGGAUACGGUCGUUGUAUUCACCAACUAUAGACUGGGACUAUUCGGGUGGUUAUACGGGGGCACUGAGCAUGAGCCUGGUAACUUGGGACGAUACGAUCAAUUGCUGGCAUUGAAAUGGGUGAGAGAAAACAUUGACAAGUUUGGUGGCGAUCCCAAUCAGAUCACAUUAUUUGGUGAGAGCGCCGGUAGUUGGUCCGUAUCGGCCCAUGUGUUGUCUCCCUUAUCCAAGGGGUUAUUCAAGAGGGCUAUACUAGAGAGCGGCACCUUAUUAGGCAAUAAAGACGUCAGGGUCUUAACAAAGAGAUUAACCCGUCAGCGCCCGACCAUAUAAUGGAGAACCCAUU